AUGAGGGAGUUGCCCUUCAAUGCCCAGGAGGGGAAGGAGGGGUCCUCGGGCGUAUUAGUGGCACAACAACAGGAGCAGCAGCAGCAGCAGCAACAGCAAGUAGAAGAAGACCAAGCAGCCUUAUUUUGGCCCGGUGUGCGUACCAGUCUCAGUGGGGGUGGGGGGAAUAGUAAUAGUAAUAGUAAUACUAGUAAUAAUAAUAAUAAUACUAGUAACAAUAACAAUACUAGCAGUAAGAGGCAAAAGAGCAGCGGGGUUGAGGAAGGGUUAGAGCCCCGCUCGGUUCUGGAUCAAAGGAGGAGCCCCAGCCCACCCACCUCCUCCUCCACGCUGUCUUCCUCCCUGGGCGGCAGCGGCGGCGGCGGCGGCGGCGGCUGCUCUUCCGACAUUGCCGGUGUGGCGGCGGUCUCCGGAAACAACCCCUCCACCCCCAAAUGGGACGUAGCCGGCGGCAUCCACCAGAGGAGGGAUGAGUGGGCGGCCGCCGAGCUCCAGCCCAUCGCGGCGGGGCUGGAGAUGGCGGGCUUCAUCGGGGCCGGAGAGAAGUGCGCGGGGAUCAUCGGGGUCGACGAGUGGGACGCGAUGCUGUCGGAGUCCGCGGCCUCGCCGGCCCACGAGCAGUCCUUCCUCCGCUGGAUCAUGGGCGAGGCCGACGACCCCGCCGCCCUCGGCAUCACCAGGCAGCAGCAGCAGCAGCAGCAGCCGCCGCCGCUGCCGCCGCUGAUUUCUCAGCUCGUUGGCGCGGAAUUCGACAGCGGCGCCAAUGUCGGCCUGGGCUUCGGCAUCCCCGAUCUCGACGCC